CUCUAUCACUUUCAUUCUUUCUCUUUUUCUCUAUCCAUCCAAAAUGCAUAUUUAAACCAUCUCCCUCAAACCCCAUUUCACCUAUCACAAUUCUCUCAUGCUAUGGCUACUACCAAUUUAGAAACUAGUACUACUACCACUACUACUAGUAGUACUACUAACAUCUUCUUCUUCUCAUACUAUUUCAAGUCUUUUUUACAAACACCACACAGACUAAGAAAGAGAAUGCUAGCUACUUGGACUCCAGACCAAGAGCUAAACCAAGUGCGCCAAAGAUCAGGAGCUGACAUGAAAAGAAAGCUCAAAUGGUAUGAUCUAAUGGCUCUUGGUGUAGGCGGAAUGCUCGGGGUUGGAGUCUUCGUCACCACCGGCCAAGUCACCAAGAACUAUUCUGGCCCCGCCGUCUUCAUUUCUUACAUCAUUGCCGGCGUAGCGGCUCUUCUUUCUUCCUUGUGUUACUCCGAAUUCUCUGUCCAAAUCCCUGUUGCUGGUGGUGCCUUUAGUUAUCUAAGACUCACCUUUGGAGAGUAUAUGGGGUAUUUUGCCGGGGCGAAUAUAUUGAUGGAGUAUGUAUUGUCAAAUGCUGCUGUGGCAAGAAGUUUCACUGAGUAUUUGUGUAUUACAUUUGGAGAAAAGCCAGAUAGUUGGAGAAUUGGUGUAGAAGAAUUUAUGAAGGGCUAUGAUAAGUUGGAUUUCACGGCUGUUGCUAUUGUUCUCAUUCUCACUCUCUGCCUAUGCCACAGCACAAAGGAAAGUUCGAUGUUGAACUUGGUGAUGACCGUGUUUCACGUGGUUUUCUUUGGGUUCAUAAUAAUUGGUGGGUUUUCCAAAGGGAGGUUGGAGAACUUGGUAAAGCCUAAUGGAUUAGCUCCCCAUGGAAUUAGAAGCGUUGUAGAUGGGGCAGCAAUAGUCUACUUCGGUUAUAUAGGCUAUGAUUCAGCUUCAACCAUGGCAGAAGAGAUCCAAAACCCUUCAAAAAGUCUUCCAAUUGGGAUUGUUGGUUCAGUUGUCAUUACCUCUCUUGUUUAUUGCCUAAUGAGCUUCUCUUUGUGUUUAAUGGUCCCUUAUAAUGAGAUAGAAGAAAAAGCAUCAUUUUCAAUGGGUUUUGAGAGCAUAGGGUGGAAUUGGGCUGGUAAUGUUGUAGGAGCAGGAGCAAGCUUGGGCAUUGUAGCUUCUCUAUUGGUGGCCAUGUUAGGCCAAGCUAGGUACCUUUGUGUGAUUGGAAGGGCUCGUUUGGUACCAUCAUGGUUAGCUAAGGUGCACCCUUCAACAGGCACCCCCAUGAAUGCCACACUCUUUUUGGGAUUUUGCACAGCAUCAAUAGCUCUGUUCACAGACUUGGAAAUAGUAGUGCAAAUGAUCUCGAUCGGCACACUAGUGGUAUUCUACUUAGUAGCCAAUGCUCUCAUCUACCGGCGUUACGUUAUCAUAGGCAACAACUCUUCAUAUAAAAUCCUCUUCUUUCUCUUCCUCCUCUCAAUCACAGCCAUUGGAUUUUCCUUCUCUUGGAAAUACUACCACUGGUGGGGUCUACUCCUCUUUGGUGGGUCCAACCUCACCAUAGUAUUCCUAUUCCAGUGCUACGUGAAGGUGCCUUGCGUGGCAUCUUUUGGUUGGUCAGUCCCUUACAUGCCUUGGCCACCAGCCUUGUCUAUUUUCCUCAAUGCAUUUCUAAUGACCACUCUCAAGAAGUUGUCUUUCCAGAGGUUUGGGAUUUGGACUAUUCUAAUUACUUUGUUUUAUAUGCUUUAUGGGGUCCACAGGACUUAUCAAGCUGAGGAGACUAGUACACGUCAUCAUGACAUGGUGGUAAUAAUAAAUAAUAAUAAUAAUAAUAUUGAUCUUAUUAGUAGUCAUGACCAAACUAAUAAUAAUAAUAAUAAGUUGGACAAUAUUAAUAAUCAUCAAGUUAUGUCUGUAAUUACCCAAGUUUGAUGACUUGGUCACUGAUGAUGUAAUUAAUGUGUUUUUUUGCUUGAAUAUUAUAUUAAUUAUUAAUUAAUUACAACUCCCCCUAACCAAAAGUUUAUAUAUAGUUUCUCUA